GAGAGAGAGAGAGAGAGAGAGAGAGAGAGAGAGAGAGAAAUAUUCAUGUCAGGCCUUCCUUUCUGGAAAUGCGUCUGGCUGACGGCAUUUAGGCCCUUCCCGGUGGACUUUGUUGAUGAAAUUUUUAUGACAUGUUCUCCAUCAAGUCUAGUUAUUCCAUACCAAAUUUGAGAAACACAUUCAAUCUGGAAGGUCGUCAAAUGAUUUUUGAAACAUUACUGCUUUUUAUAUGUAUAUUCCGGCGCAGUUAUCUUCAAAAAAUCAUUUGACGACCUUCCCGAUUGAAUGGUUUUCUCAAAUUUGGUAUGGAUGAAUUAGACUUGAUGAAGAACAUGCUAUAAAAAUUUCAUCAAAAGUUGCCCCCGGGAAGGGCCCCAAACGCCAUCGGCCGGACGGAGAUUCCGGUCAGGAAGGUCUAACCGGAAGAUUUUUCUCUCUCUAUAUAUAUAAAAGUAAGUUUUAUAUAUUCCGAAUUUGAAGUUGUUAACACCAGGCAUUGUAGGUCUCUUUGUAUUUCAUUCGGUUUGUGUUUUAUGUGGAUAGAAAGUGAUCUUUUUAAUUGACAUCCGGCAAAAUCUGGCUUCAAUUGAAAGAAGAGCAUUGGAGAUGCUCUUAGAUUGCAACCAAUCUUGGGAGUUGUGUAUGUGGAUUGGAUCGGUUCCCAAUCUGAUAGGAAACAUUGAAUUAGAAUCUUAAUUAGGCUAAGAUAAUGAAACCUGGCAGGAUAUAACCAAUUAAGACAAUCAAAACUACCACAACAAAUUGUCCUAAAUGAGAGUAAAAACGUUUUGGAAUUUCAAAAUAGGGUAGCUAUUGUGAGAAUAAUGGAAUGGCUUACCCAAUUGGGAGCCCUAGAUGUCAAAUAUAUAAUGAAUAGAGUUCUGAGUACAUUAGGAAACAUAAGAAAUAUGGAAACCUAAUUAAUGAAUAUUAAUUACUCUAUUACACCCCCUCAAGCUGUGCAGGGGACACAAUGCGCAGAUUGUCUCUGAGAAAAAUGAAGCGUUGCGGAGAUAAACUUUUGGUAAAAAUGUCUGCAAGCUGGAACUGUGUGGGAACAUACCGAACAACCAGGUCUCCAUGUGAAACUCUCUCACGAACAAAGUGAUAAUCAAUGCUGAUGUGUUUGCUCCGAGCAUGCUGAAUAGGAUUUGUGGAUAAAUAAGAGGCUGAAAUAUUAUCACACAAUAACCGAACAGGCUGACAAAUAGGUACGCCUAAUUCAAACAAUAUAGACCGGAUGUGGAGAAUGUCUUGAACUGUGUAAGCAAUAGCCCUGUAUUCUGCUUCUGUGGAAGAACGAGAGACUGUUGGUUGCUUCUUGGAUUUCCAUGAAAUUAAAUUAGGGCCUAGAAAAAUAGCAAAGCCUGAAGUGGAUCUACUACUGUCAGGACAACCAGCCCAGUCUGCAUCUGAAUACGCUUGUAAAAUAGGAGAAGAAGUGCUCGGCUGCAGGAGCAAACCAUGGUCCGGAGUUCCCUGAAGAUACCUGAAAAUACGCUUAACAGCCAAAAUAUGUGAAGUACGAGGUGCCUGCAUAAACUGAGAAACCAGGUGAACAGCAAAUGUAAUAUCUGGUCUAGUCAUGGUCAAAUACUGCAAAGCACCUACCAUACUUCGAUACUCCGUAGGAUCUGCGAGAAGAUCACCAUCAGUGAGAGAUAACUUAGUUCGAGUAGGUAGCGGAGUACGAACAGGUUUAAGGGUGUGAAGAUGAAACCGGGUUAAUAGAUCAGACACAUAUUUUUGUUGAGACAGGAACAAACCUGAGGAGGUUCGAACAGCUUGGACACCUAGGAAAAAAAUGUAAAUCCCCCAAAUCCUUCAUGGCCAAACAACGACCAAGACAAGAGAUAAAUGUGGAAAUAAAGGAAGGGGAAUUACCAGUUAUAAUAAUGUCAUCCACAUACAAGAGGAGAUAGAGAAUAUGAGACCCAUGGCGAUAAAUGAAUAAAGAAUUAUCUGACUUGCUACAAACAAAACCAUGGGUUAACAAAAAACUGCUAAACCUGUAAAACCAGGCUCUUGGAGCCUGCUUAAGUCCAUAGAUUGCCUUCCGGAGCCUACAAAUAUGAUUAGGAAAUUGUGGAUGUACAAACCCAGGAGGCUGGCGCAUAUAAACCUCUUCAGUUAGAUUGCCAUGAAGAAAUGCAUUUUUGACAUCUAACUGACGAAUAUUCCAUCGGCAAGAGAUAGCAAGAGAUAAAACAAUACGAACAGUGGUGGGUUUGACAACAGGACUAAAGGUUUCAGAAAAAUCCACACCAGCUUGUUGAGUAAAUCCCUGUGCAACCAAGCGUGCUUUAUAACGCUCAACAGACCCAUCAGACUUAAAUUUUGUUUUAUAAAUCCAUUUAGACCCGAUCACAUUUUUACUAGCAUUAAAUGGAACUAGAUCCCAAGUAUGAUUGUCAAUUAAAGCAUUAAACUCUUCUGCCAUAGCCGCCCUCCAUUUAGCAUCUUUAUUUGCCAUAGAAAAACAAGAAGGAUCACAUGCCGAAACAUCUGUUUUGAGAUUAAAAAUAUGUUUGGGUUUAAAAAUUCCCGAUUUAGCACGAGUUUGCACAGGAUGACAAUUUGGCAGAGAAGGUGCAGGAGAAGAACGACUUGGGCUUGGGCUAGGCUCAUGCGGACUGGUCGGAUGAGUGGAGGGGGAUGAUGUGGGAGAGGAAUUUGGUGUGUUGGUUAGAACAGGGCUGUCGAUGGUCGUAGGGGUGGUGGGAGUGUGUGGUGAGGUGCGGUUGGGAGCAUCCGGCUGAAACAAGGUAGGCUGCGUGCAUAGGUUGGACUGCCGCAAGGUUACAGGGGAGGAUGAGAUGCUGGUGGCUGGUGGGUUGGGAGCACAGUGCUCAUGCAUGGUGACGGUAUUGAUGUCGGACACGUCAGUGGUGGCUGUGGAAGAAGUUAAAGUAGAAUAUGGAAAAUAAUUUUCAAAAAAUCGCACAUUCCGAUUAAUGUAAAUCUUGUUAGUGAGAGGAUUGAGACAACGAUAACCUUUAUAUUCAGGGGCAUAUCCUAAGAAGACACAUAAGGUGGAUCUGGGAGAAAGUUUGUUGGCAGAAGUGGCAUUAAAAUUAGGAAAGCACGCACACCCAAAAACACGCAUAAAAGAGAAGUCAGGAGUAUGGUGAAAUAAUUUUUCAAAAGGAGAAAUGCCAUUUAAAUUUGGAGUAGGAAGCCUGUUAAUAAUAAAUGUGGCGGUGAACACAGCAUCUACCCAAAACGUAGAUGGCAUGUUUGCUUCAAAAAGCAUAGUGCGAGUUAAUUCAAGGAGAUGUCUGUGUUUGCGCUCAGAAACACCAUUCUGCUCAGGGGUAUCUGGACAUGACUUGCGAAAUAAAAUACCAUUUUGUGUAAAAAUAUCACGCAUGCCAUGAUUAUCAAAUUCACCCCCUCCAUCACUUUGAAAAAUUUUAAUUUUUGAGUCAAGUAAAUUUUCCACCAUUAACUUAAAGUGCCGAAAAUGUGUUAUGACUUCACUUUUAUGACGCAUGGGAUAGAGCCAAGUAAAUCGUGAAAAAUCAUCAAUAAAUAAGAAAUAAUAUUUAUAGCCACUUGUAGAGAGAACAGGAGAUUGCCAAACAUCAGAAUGAAUUAAAAAUAAAGGAGCAGGAGAUUUAUGCCACACUUCUUGAAAAGGUAAUCGUUGAGACUUUCCUAAACGACAAGAAAUACAAUCAUGAGAAAAACUAGAAAAACUAGAAAUAGUGCCAGAUUUUUUUAAUUGUUCUAAAAUACGACUUCCACAGUGUCCCAAGCGACGAUGCCAGACUGGACCAGAAGCAACAUGAGAGACUAGAGCCACUGGCGAGGAAUGAGUGAGAGAAAUAGGGUAAACGCCACCAUUACUGGAAGCUUGGAGGAGCACCUUCCCUGAAAUUGUGUCCUUAAUACAGAUAGAAUUUUUAUCAAAAAUCACAAAACAGUUAUUAUCGACACAUAAUCGUUGAAUAGACAAAAGAUUGUAUUUAAGAUUAGGCACAUGAUAAACAGAUUUUAAGUGUAGGGGUCGAGGCAGAGUAGAUAAAUGCAAUUCACCAACAGUCAUAACAGGAAGAUUAGAGCCAUUAGCAACUGUAAUUUUUAGUGGUCCAGAAUAAAUAGAUUUAUUUUGCAAAAUACCUUCAUUUGAGGUCAUGUGAGCAGAAGCACCCGAGUCAGGAUACCAGACAGCUGGAGUGGAUUCACCUGUAGAGACAGCCAAGGCAGGGGCCUGAGCCUGAACAAAACGAGAGGGACAUGCAACAGAUGAAUGACCUGGAGAAUGACAUAUCUGACACACAACAGGUGGAGGGACUGAACCAAAAUUAUUCUCAAAAGAUGGAGAUCCUGCAGAGGCAUAGUUAGUAGAAGAAGUAUAGAGAGCCGGAGUAUAAAACGAUGACUGAACUGAAUUACAAAUAACUGUACCCGGUCCCCACUGAUGAAGCUGAUUGGUUCCCCGACCGGACUGUGGCUGCUAGAGUUGCGGCUGGCCUGGAUUGCCGUACGUAGGAGGCUGUCCAUACGUAUAGGCCUGCUGAUUUCGACCUCUGCCGCGCCCUCGUCCGCGACCGCCACGACGUCCGCCACGCCCUCCGCGUCCUUGGUUCUGCUGCGGGUUGCCAGAAGGAGAAGAGGAAGCCGCACCUCCUCCUGCGGAAUUGGACGCAGCAAACGCAGGUGUAGUAACUGAAUUCUCCAAGGAUCGUUGAUAGCGAAGACGUGCAUCUUGAUGAACCAGCUUUGUGCUUAAGGAGUCAAACGUGAGGCCUUCUAGAAAUAAGGUAAGGGGGCCCACUAGUGACUCAUAACCCAGUCCCAAUCCUAUAAGGGUUUGUUCAAUAAGAUCGGCAUUAGAGACCGGAGAGUUAAUUGCGGCUAAAUUCUCAGCAAUAUUUUGAAUCCCACGAAUGUAGUCCUCCAUGGUCUGAUUGUCCUUCUUCCGAGUGCGUGUAAGCAUUUGUUUUAAUUCCAUGGAGCGUGCAAGACUGGCUGCCAUAAAUCGGGACUCCAAACGUUGCCAGAUGGCAAAGGAAUUUUUCAAGGAAUGUACCUCCAUCAAGAUAUCACGAGAGAGAGUUGCAAAGAUCCAUGCACGUACCGCUUGAUCUAACUUGAGCCAAUGAUAAUACUCAGGAUUCGGGGACUGAGCCUGAUAUAAAUCAUACGUAUACAUUGGCGGGGCAGAUAGAGAUCCAUCCAGGAAGCCUAAAAGACCAUUAGCUACCACGAAGGAUUCAAACUGAGUGCGCCAUGGCAAAUAAUCUUCAACAGCCACCAAUUUAGAAGUAACAAUUUGUGUAAUCGAGGCCCCAAACGUCAUGCCUUGAGCGAGCGAGGCAAAAGACGAGGGCAUAGGAGUGGACUGUUGCCCAAGAAUUCCGGUCGAAGGCAGGUGCAACCCCGGACUGCCCGCCAGGGUGGGUCCUGCGAACCGAGGGCCGCCAGAGCUGCUGGAGACGUCCGGUUGCUGCGAGCGUUGUGGCUGGAUUAUCGGAUUGAAGGUUGGCGCUGACGGAGUCCAGGUGAAAUCGGGGGGGACCCACGGCGCUGCCGGAACCGUAGAGGGAAAGACCGAGUAGGGCUGUGAGCGAAGCGGUUCACCUGUGGAGGAGAGAGCCGCCGUCUGCGAAUGGCCAGAGAAAUUCGAUGUGUCUGUCGCGCUCAACACAGGUGCAGUUAUGGCCGGCGGCGAAUCAAUGGCAGCGGUGACUGCCUGGGAUGCGGCGGCUGCGGUGGAGCUUUCGGAUGCCAUGGAACCGAAAAAAAAAAUUUUAAUUUUGGCUAAAACCUAGAGCUCUUGAUACCAUGUGAGAAUAAUGGAAUGGCUUACCCAAUUGGGAGCCCUAGAUGUCAAAUAUAUAAUGAAUAGAGUUCUGAGUACAUUAGGAAACAUAAGAAAUAUGGAAACCUAAUUAAUGAAUAUUAAUUACUCUAUUAGCUAUAUUUAUCUUCCUCAAACAUGAGUCGUUUUUAUCAUGAUUGAAAAAUACUUUCAUUAAUGGCGGUAAAUACUAUCGUGUUAAUGCUCAAUAGUAUUGCAACUAUUUUGACAAUAAUGACUCCAAUAUGACAUUAAAUACUUCCAUAUAACCUCUAUUUCAGGAAGAAAAACAAAACAAUCAUAUUUUGGAAUUUCUAAUCAUUUUCCUCCUAUUUCAAGAAUUUUCCCUCGUACAAUUCGGUUCCAUUUUCAAAAGAUUAAUAUGGAAACUAGUUUCGAUCAAAUUUGGUAUCAGUUCCAAAACCCAGAAACCAGUAUUGUAAUACUUAUAUCCCACAUUUGAUAUGGUGCUACUGUGAUUGAGGAGAUGGUGCUACUGUGAUUGAGGAGAUGGUGCUACUCUUCAAAAUUUUGAAUUUAUGUGAUUGGUAAUGAAUUGAUAAAACAAGAAGUAAGCUAGGAAUGAUUUAAAAAGAUGUAAAUAUUACCAAAUUUGAUAUGAAAUACUCCCUAAUUUUUAUGAGAUGACAAAAAAGAAAACAUGAGACAAUAUCAUAACUUGAGAGGGAAUACUAAAUAAUGACCAACUCGGGGAGGUUAUUGUGACUCACUUGGUGAACACCCACUCCCAACUCUCCUUAAUAAGAGGUCUUAAGUUCAUUUCCCACCUAUAGGAGAUGAGGUAGGUCUUGCUACUUAACUUCGCGGAGUGGCUCAGUGGCCGAGGAUGGGGAGAAUGAUAAUGUUGGCACUGAGUUCGCAUAGUUGGAGUUUUACUUUUAAUACAAUGAUUUUCAAUAUUAAUUGAGUAUCAUUUAUAUUUAAGUUGGGCAUCAUUUUUAGACAAAUAUGACUAUCAUCCACUCAGAAUUAGAAAAAUCUAUGCUUUUAACAGAACUAAAUAAUUUCUAUUUCAAAAACAUAACAAAAUUACUCUUAUGUUUUCAUACUACGUAUUUUACUUCUAUUUUGUGUAGUUACUUAUUUUUUAUUACAUUACAAUAAUUUUGGUGCGAUGAAAGAAUCGUGCAGACCAUCAAUGAUGUACUUUUCGGAGUCAUUGCAUGUGGGCUAUCAAGGUACCUUGCCAUCCGAUCCUCGAAAGAAUUGAAGGAUGGCCUCCAGAUCACUGGUCUUGCAAUGGUAAAUUUACGACCACAACCCGGACUUCAGGAUAUGACGAAGCUGAUGAAUAGUGAUAAAUCGGGCACCGGUUGGGGCAACAAAUUUGGGUUUGUGCUCUUGCCUGUAUACUACUUUCGUAAGGCUUCGAAUGAUUCUCUUCAGUUUGUCAAGAGAGCCAAAUCUAUGUUUGACAAGAAAAAACUAUCCUUAGAAGCCCUUUGCUCCUACAAAAUUGGGGAUUUUGUCAUGUCAUUCCUCGGUGUUAAGCUGGCGAGCAUGCUCAACUAUCGGAUCUUAUGUAACACAACGUUCCUAAUUACAAAUGUGAUUGGCCCACAAGAGGAGAUGUCCAUUGCAGGCAACCCAAUCACAUACAUAAGAUCAUGCACAUCAAGCUUGCCUCAUGCGAUCGCAAUAUAUAUGGUCAGCUAUGAUGGUAAGGCAUACCUGCAAAUUUUGGUUGCCAAAGACAUCAUCCCUGACCCCAAGGUUCUAGCCAGAUGUUUUGAAGAUGCUUUGAUGGAAAUGAAAAAACAAGUUGAGAUGAACAAUGCAAACCACAUCGAUCCAUGCGAAUAAAUAACAUUGAAGAUGUCAUCGACCAUCAUCUAAAUCCAUUAGACCACCGCACGCAGUUAGCAUAGUAAAUAUACUAUUAUUAAUACAAUAAUGUUAAUUUAUGAUCUAUUGUAAUACUUCGAAAAAAAUGUACCCGUGGAAAUAUAUUGAGGCAAAUUAUCGAGCUCGAUCAGUCAACUUGGAAGAGUCUUAUGUACGCGGUCCAUAUCGAGCUCAAUCAGUCAGCUUGAAAUUCCAAAUUAGGAGUAUUAUUAUGUUUUUAUUCAAUAACUAUGAGUAAUUCCUAGUGAUGAACCAAUUGAAUCACACAAGAAGGGAGUUAAUUGU